CACGCUUAUGACACAAACGUAGCAUUAUAGCAGUACCCAUUAGACCAAUUCCUCCUUUGACGAACUCUUCCAACAUGAAGACUCGCACCUCUGCGAAAAUCUCCGCAACAUGGAUUCCCAUUUUCUCUGUGUUUUCCUUCAUUCUGGGCAUGCUCAUCACAAGCAGGAUGUGGGACCCACCUGAAUCAAACGGGUUGCUUAUUUCGCAGCAUCAACGGGACCAACAACUUCAAGUGAUCUCAGGGGACUGCGCUACCAAGAAGAUGCAGCCAAAGGAUGCAGUGAGCGAAUUAGAGAAGACCCAUGAGGCCAUUCAGCGUGUCAGAGCUCUAGACAAGCAAGUUUCCGUGCUUCAGAUGGAGUUAGCAGCAGCUAGGAAUUCUCGUGAAAAUGGGAUCUUGGAUUCAAAUGCUUCAUCCACCACCUCGGGGUCCUCCAUGGAAGGUACUCCUAGGAAGAAGGCUUUUAUAGUGAUUGGCAUAAACACAGCUUUCAGUAGCAGGAAGCGGCGUGAUUCAGUUAGAGAGACUUGGAUGCCUCAAGGUGAACAACUUCUUCAACUGGAACGAGAGAAGGGAAUUGUUAUCAGAUUCAUGAUUGGCCACAGUGCAACUUCCAACAGCAUUCUAGACAGAGCUAUUGAUUCAGAAGAGGCCCAGCACAAAGACUUCCUUCGCCUAGAACACGUUGAAGGGUACCAUGAGCUAUCUGCAAAGACAAAAAUUUUCUUUUCUACUGCAGUUGCAAAAUGGGAUGCUGAUUUCUAUGUCAAGGUGGAUGAUGAUGUCCACGUCAAUUUAGGUGUCCUGGCAACAACCCUUGCUCGUCAUAGAUCAAAACCCCGGGUCUACAUUGGGUGUAUGAAAUCUGGACCUGUCCUUUCAAGAAAGGAUGUCAAAUACCAUGAACCUGAGUUUUGGAAGUUUGGCGAAGAGGGUAACAAAUACUUUCGACAUGCAACUGGGCAGAUAUAUGCAAUCUCUAAGGAUCUGGCUACUUACAUUUCCAUCAACCAGCCGAUUUUGCAUAAAUAUGCUAAUGAAGAUGUCUCACUUGGUGCAUGGUUCAUUGGUCUUGAAGUUGAGCAUAUUGAUGACCGCAAUAUGUGCUGUGGAACUCCUCCAGAUUGUGAGUGGAAGGCGCAGGCAGGUAACAUAUGUGUUGCAUCGUUUGAUUGGAGCUGCAGUGGAAUCUGCAAGUCAGUGGAGAAGAUUAAAUAUGUGCACUCAAAGUGUGGUGAAGGGGAUGGAGCUGUUUGGAGUGCUUUAUUUUAGAUCAUUUCAAAGGAAGGUGGUUUUUUCUUGAUGGGAGAGGGACUCAUUAUUUAACUGCAGCUGGAACAAAGGCAGUUUUCAGAAUUGAGAUUGAGCAAAUUAAUAUAACACGAAAGAUCUCUAAACUAUUCAAAGCUGGUUGAUCAUUUUGGUGGAAGCUCAAGUUAGCUAGCAAUUGCAUGGAUGUGGAUUUGAGGGUACAUAUUUUGACUAUACCUUCCAGCUAGUCUUGGUUUUUAGUGUGGGAGGUAUGACAACUAUUCUCGUUGUUGUUAUGUAACAAGGCCUAUUCUAUUUUUAUAAUUUUAGUUUGUUCAUUUUUUUUAUUUUUUUUAUUUUUUAUUUUGGGGACAAGUUUGUUCAUUUUAUACCACUAUUUUUGUUCAUAGCUGGGCGAGAUCGGCUAUUAUGCCCUUUGUAAUGAAAAGCAAUGUAUUGAUAGUUCUGCUUAUGCGUUAAAUGUGGUCCACUAUUUUGAUGUAAUCAAAGGACAAACUUUAGAAACCGUAAAUAUUUAUGUUUGAUCAUUUAUUAA